AUUCUUGUGGAUAUAAGGUUUGUUUGCCGACAUUUCGUUAGGAUUACAAAAAAUAACCGGUAGUUAUUUCAUAUGUUUUCGAAGUUAAUAAAAUAUGUAAUUUCAUUAAAGUAAAUUGUAUGUGCAAGCCUUAAAACUGGCUUGACAUCCCCGGAUUCGAUGUUUAUUGAUAUUGUUGCAUCAGAGCUUUGACCGGUCGUUUAUUAUUAUUUCCUGUUCUUCAAAAAUCCUUGGUUUGAUAUAUGCAUUGAUCUUCAUCUCUAGCGAGAAUGUCAAUUGCUAGUAGCGUACGAUACUUGGCUCAUAACUUUCUUAACAGUUGCCAAUAUUGGCUUUUAACACGCAGCAUCCAAUCUUCUCGAACUCUUAGGCAUGGAGAAUAUGAGUGGCAGGAUCCUAAGAAUGAAUCUGAGGUAGUGAAUAUAACAUACAUCGACAAAGACGGGAAUCGAAUAACGGUUCGUGGUAAGGUGGGUGAUAACGCACUGUAUCUUGCUCAUCGGUACGGUGUGGAAAUGGAGGGUGCCUGUGAAGCGUCACUGGCGUGCACCACCUGCCAUGUGUACGUUUUGGGCGAUUACAGUGAAAAGCUACCGGCUUCCGAGGAAAAAGAGGACGAUCUGUUAGAUAUGGCACCGUUUUUAAAGGAGAACUCACGGCUCGGUUGUCAGAUAGUGCUAACGAAAGAGCUGGACGGUAUGGAACUGCAGUUGCCCCAAGCGACGCGGAAUUUCUACGUUGACGGGCACAAACCAAAGCCACACUAAUCAAGUAAUAGUUUGUUUUAUUCUAUUUAGCGAAUGAUUGGAGUCGUUUUAUUUAAACAGAAAAAAAAUUAAUAUUUAGAUGUAUGAUACGAAAUUGUUAUCAUAAUUAUAGUACAAUAACGGAUAAAACGAGA